UGUUGGGCCCUUUUUGGGUUGGGCCGCCGUAUAGGCCGGGAUUAAUUUGGUGGAACGGUCAAGAGCUCACUGCAAAUCAUUUUUUUCUAAUUAAAAAAAAGAGCUAUCUGGAAAUGAAGCGCGCCCGCCGCCCGAGCCUUACGUUUCCUGUCGACCUUGGGCGGCGGCCACCGCUCCCCACACCGGCCGCCCGCCCCAAGCGCGCCUCGUCGGCAACAGAUUUCACACCCGGCGGCCCUGUCAGCCGUAGCCGCAUCCCCUACGCGUCCCGGCAUGCCGCCUCCCGCGUGCGCGCACGACGCCGUGGCGCCCAGCCAACAGCCUUGCGCUGCACAGCUCGCCGCAGGGCUGCGUAAGGCGGCGCAGCAGCGGAGGCGGAGCGGAGGAAACGAAGCGGGAUGGCGAGCAAGCAGGACGUCGCGGUCCUCCGCACUGGACUUUACUUCGAGACUGGCGCCGUCAUCACGAACUUCCCCCAGGCACAGCGUAGGUGAUGCUUGCAACAUGUUCGACAAAAUGCUGACCGCAUGUUCGGCAAGGUUUCUUUUUCAAUAUCGGCAUGAUAUAAGGCAGAGGCUGGCACGUGCGAUGCCCAACAAAUAUGGCCGUGAUCAUCAAGAGAGUAAGGGGAUGAAGGUGUCAGGGGCUAACUAGUGCUUCACCAGAUGAUGCUUGCCUGCUGCCUGCUAUUCAGCAUUCAGGGCCUUUGCCAUCAUGCACCGGAUGAUUUUGCCGUGUACGUUCCAUCAGUAUUCCAUCUCCAGGCGAUCUGUUCUGGUUGAUCAUUGAAUUGCACUUGUUCUACUGCAUUGCAUCGCAACAGAAACUCAGCCAUUUCUACAGCAGUGGACCAUUCGCCAAAGCCCUCAGCAUGGACAAGUUUGGAGUACCCGCAGACAUUGGAGAAGCCAUGGGGAUCAAGAAUUCCACCACAACCUUUACCCAGAGCUGGGGCAGCACUCAAGGCCAGCUGGUGCGCGUGGAAGUCCUCGUCCUCUUCAGCGCCUUGAUCUGCAUCCUCGUCGAGCUUUUUGGCUCACGUCGGCGGUGGUAUAGCCAGGAAUUCUUCCGCUUCUUCGUGUGGGCGGUGUACACGCUCUUCACUGUGCUGGCCCCCUACACCAUCGGAUUGCUGCAGGACAGUCCCUUCCGUGACCAGACUUUCGUCCUGUGGGCCACCAUCCUCCUCCUCAUCCAAGUGGAUGUCGAUUCCAUCUCAGUUUACAGCAUACAUGACAUUGAGCAUAGGAAGAGGAUGUUUGUGCAGCACUUGUUACAGAUCAUCCUUGUGCUAUGGCUGAUUGUGAAUUGCAAAGGUCACAACAUAAGCUACACUGCAAACAUCUGGAUAUUCUGGAUUCAGAGCGUCAUUUUGACGUACAGAAACUAUCAGAGUUUAAGCAAUGCGAGCAAAAAAGGAGGCUUGCUGAAGCUGUCUAAAGUAGUUGCUGAUUACAUGAUGAUUGAGCAUGAGCAAAUACCUCAGGGCUUGAACCCUAACCCUGGAACCAUGGAAGGGUACAAGUACAUUUUCCACGGUGAAGAAGAAGUAGCUUCCCUGCUUCCCACUGCACCUGAAUAUACAGAGGCCACAAGGAGAAAAUGCACCACCAUUGAUUCCGUGUGCCAAUGGAUCAGGAGAGAGAGCGCCUUGAACCAGGAAGCAAAGGAAACAUUGAAGGACGUUGCGCUCUCCUUCUCACUGUUUAAAUUGUUGAAGCGGAGGUUGUGCGGAUACCAGAUUGGUGAAGCUGGCCUCGCCAAGACAUUAGAUUUUGUGCUUCAUGGGCUCAUCUCUGAAGAAGGUAACUAUAUUCGUGCUUUUGGAGUUAUAGAGAUGGAGUUGUCGUUCAUGUAUGAUUUCCUCUAUACAAGAUUCAACACAGAGCAUACUGUGGCUAAGGGCUUCACAGCAUGGUUUAUCGUAAUAAUCGUUACUAUUUCAAAUAGUAUCUCAGGAGCAUUUAGCAGGCACUACCAUCGCAGUAGUUUGGAACAGAGAGUUCAUGGAAUCGAUGUUACUCGCUGGGUAACCAUUGUGUUGUUUAUCAUUGUGUUAGCAUGGUAUCUUCCACUACGUGGCUACCCAGACUGGAGGUGGUACAUGGUGCACGAGCUCCAUGUCCACCAACGACAACGACCCACGCGGAUGUUAAUUUUGACUAAAACUUCUUUUGUAAAAGACGACGCAAAAAGAUCGUGGCAGAGAGCGCUUGGGCAGCACUCCCUGUUACUCAACUUUGACUACCGCCCCUCGAAUGUGCUAUCGCUUUUGUCACUGGGUUUGGUCGACGCAACAAGAGAAGGACAGAAGGCUGGGGAAAAGAUCAAGUUGACAGAUGAACUCAUCGAGCGCGUCCUUUCUGGGUUCAAAGAGAGCAAAGGACAGUUACAAGAUGGGCAAUCGGCUCUAGCCAAAAAUCAGCUGGAAAGCCAGUUCUCAUGGGCCUGCACCCUGUCCACACAUAUAGAUAAGAUUCUUGUAUGGCACAUCGGGACGACCAUCGCCAUGGAUGGUCACCCGGUUCCUCCAACCGGCGACCACCGUGUCGCCAAGACGUUGUCGGACUACUGCGCCUACCUGGUGGCUUUUGUUCCGGACAUGCUGCCCGGCCAUGGCUAUGACACCCAGUGCAUCUUCGACGCCGUGGUCGCGGAAGCCUGGGAAAGCAUCACCGGUUGUGACAGUAUAAGCAGCCGGUGUGAGAAGCUGGUGAUGGCGGUCUUGCCGAGCAACACCAGCUGCACAACCCUGGAGUUGGGGGCCAGGCUCGGGAGGGAGCUCAGGGGCGUGGUUCCGGAGGAGCGGAGGUGGAAGGUGUUGGCUGACUUCUGGGCCGAGUUCAUCCUCUUCCUCGCGCCAUCAAGCAAUGUCGAGAUCCACACUGAGAUGCUUGCCACCGGCGGGGAGUUCAUGACCCAUCUCUGGGCACUGCUCACACACGCCGGCAUUCUGGAGCGUCCCUCUACGACUGACGGUGCGCAAGGUAACAACGGUGCCCCUGCACAUGAUUUACCUGUUUGAGGGAUCAAAACAUUCUGGUCUGAAGCGCACUGCUAGCACUUCUGCUGGAGUGAUUGGUUUGUGAUGAUUGCUGAUUCGUAAUGUUGAUUUGGGUACAGGGUGAAUAUUGUUUUCACAUGAUUGUGUAUUUGUGUUUUAAGUUAGCACUUAGCUGUGUGCUGUUCGUGUAACAAAGCAGAGUUGUCUGAUUCAUUUACUUUAUGUAUAUGUACUUUCUCAGCCGAAGGAGCAUUCGCCAAUUCCUUUGCCCUGAGUUGUUGUCCACGUUAAAUACCUUAUUUACUACA